GAGCAUUAACGCACCUGCGCAGAAGGGAAGCAACCCGGGACGCCCUUGUUCUGCGCAGGCGUGGCGCCCGGGGGCCGGGGCCGGGCGGCACCGCUGUGCGCAAGCGCAGCCGUCGGUGGGUCGGGGAUCGGUCGCCUGAGAGAUCCUGAGCACCCCCAGGUGUCACCUCUUCCGGGCUCGAGAUGGACAACAAGAAGCGCCUAGCCUACGCCAUCAUCCAGUUCCUACACGACCAGCUCCGGCACGGGGGCCUGUCGUCCGACGCUCAGGAGAGCCUGGAAGUCGCCAUCCAGUGCCUGGAGACUGCGUUUGGGGUGACAGUGGAAGACAGCGAUCUCGCGCUCCCUCAGACUCUGCCGGAGAUAUUUGAAGCGGCCGCCACAGGCAAGGAGAUGCCGCAGGACCUGAGGAGCCCCACACGAACCCCACCUUCUGAGGAGGACUCAGCGGAGGCAGAGCGCCUCAAAACCGAAGGAAAUGAGCAGAUGAAAGUGGAAAACUUUGAAGCGGCUGUGCAUUUCUACGGAAAGGCCAUCGAGCUCAACCCUGCCAACGCCGUCUAUUUCUGCAACAGAGCCGCGGCCUACAGCAAACUUGGUAACUACGCGGGUGCUGUGCAGGACUGUGAGCGGGCCAUCUGCAUAGACCCGGCCUACAGCAAGGCCUACGGCAGGAUGGGCCUGGCGCUUUCCAGCCUGAACAAGCACGUGGAGGCCGUGGCCUACUACAAGAAGGCCCUGGAGCUGGACCCCGACAACGAGACAUACAAGUCCAACCUCAAGAUCGCGGAGCUGAAGCUGCGGGAGGCCCCCAGCCCUACUGGAGGCGCGGGCAGCUUCGACAUCGCCGGCCUGCUGAACAACCCUGGCUUCAUGACCAUGGCUUCAAGCCUAAUGAACAAUCCCCAAAUUCAGCAGCUCAUGUCCGGCAUGAUUUCGGGCGGCCACAACCCCCUGGGAACUCCUGGCACCAGCCCCUCGCAGAACGACCUGGCCAGCCUCAUCCAGGCCGGUCAGCAGUUUGCCCAGCAGAUGCAGCAGCAGAACCCAGAGUUGAUAGAGCAGCUCAGGAGCCAGAUCCGGAGUCGGACGCCCAGCGCCAGCAACGACGACCAGCAGGAGUGACGCCGCCAUUCCCAGCGUGACCGCGUCCUUCCCUGGCCGACUGGAAGCCUUCUGGUUGUUUGCUGUUUCCUCCUGUUGGACUGCCUGAGGGAGGGGAAGAGAGAGACCUCGGACCUGCAUGUCAAGAUGGAUUUUCCCUUUGUCUCUGCCUCCUCCACUCCCUUUUUGUAACUCCCUUAUAGCCCCCAGACCUUUCUUGAAACAAGAGCCAGCAAGCUGAGCGCAGCCCAGCAGCGACCUCCCUCCCAGGCCCCAGACAGCCCAUCACUUGAGUAUUUUCUAGAAUCCUGGGGUGCUCCUGGCCCCUCUCAGCGAAGCGGCAGCUUCCACGUUCAGCCGCGUGGCGGAUCCUGUGGCUUCCGGAGCCUUUUUCCAGCCCCCGCCCCCUCCCGUGGUGAGAAGCUGCACCUGGCC